AUGGCGAGGCGGAGCCUGUGCAGGAAGCUCUGGCUGUGCUGUGGGGACCUGGGCAUCUCCAUCCGACCACCCAAGUUCUGGUUCAGUUUCCUUCAUCUGACCCGUUCUCCUCUUCUACUAGCACUGCUGUCUGCUGUGCGGAUCAACGGGGAUGGCCAGGAGAUCCUGUACCUGGCAGAAGGUGACAAUGUACGACUGGGCUGCCCCUACAUCCUGGACCCUGAGGAUUAUGGUCCCAGUGGGCUGGACAUCGAGUGGAUGCAGGUCAAUUCAGAACCUUCACAUCGGGAGAACGUGUUCCUUAGUUACCAGGACAAGAGAAUCAACCAUGGCAACCUCCCCCACCUGCAGCAGAGGGUCCGCUUUGCAGCCUCAGACCCCAGCCAGUACGAUGCCUCCAUCAACCUCAUGAACCUGCAGGUCUCUGACACAGCCACCUAUGAGUGCCGGGUGAAGAAGACCACGAUGGCUACCCGGAAGGUCAUCGUCACCGUCCAAGCUCGGCCCGCAGUGCCCCUGUGCUGGUCUGAGGGCCACAUGGCGUAUGGCAACGAUGUGGUGCUGAAGUGCUUUGCCAAUGGGGGCACCCCGCCUCUCUCCUACAAUUGGGCCAAGAUCAGUGGGCACACCCACCCCUACCGGGCAGGAUCCUAUCACUCGCAGCACACUUUCCAGUCUGAGCUGUCCUAUCAGGAGUCAUUUCACAGCUCCAUCAAUCAAGGUGUGUUUAACGGCGAUCUGGUGUUGAAGGACAUCUCCUAUGAGGACAAUGGGCUGUACCAGUGCACGGUGGCCAACCACGUGGGCUACAGUGUGUGUGUGGUGGAGAUGAAGGUCUCAGACUCCCGGCGUGCAGGCGUGAUCGUCGGCGCAGUGCUGGGCUCUCUGCUCCUGUUGGGGUGCCUGCUGCUGGCCAUCUGGGCGCUCACCUGCUGCUGCUGUGGGGGAGCUGGCGGGACCCGCGGGGCCUUCGGCAACUCAUUGAAUAUGGGACAUAUUAGCCCAGAGUGGCUGCAAAGCCAGAGGUAUUCUCUGCUACAGCCCUACUCCAGCUGGGAGGCCCCCUGCCUGCAGGCACCAGUCUCCAUCCCGGAAACCGUCACCUCCUCACAGGCCAGCAAGGCACCUCUCACAGCCCUUCCACCAGCCACGCUGACCCUCAGCAGCUCCUCUUGA